AUGCAGUUCUUCGCCACCGUUUAUGUUGCCGCCCUCUUCGUCUGCUCUGUGUUUGCUGAGGACGCAGCAAAGAACAGAAGGAACAAAAGAGACGAGAAGAAAGAAGUUGAAGCACGUGGAGGAAUCCUGGGUGCAGGAGUUGGAGGUGUAGGCGGUGUCUACGGUACCGGAGUGGGUCCUGAUAUCGCAGACGCUGGUAUCGGUGGAGCUGGCCUCGCUGGAUCAGUUCAUGGUCUUGUCGGCAUUGGUCUUGGAGGAGCUGGACUUGGCGAAAUCGGACUGACUGGGCCUACUUACGGAGGAGUUGGUCUCCCUGGGGCUGAUAUUGGCGGAGCCAGUGUUGUUUCUCCUGGGCUAAGUGGAGUUGCUCUUGGUGAAACUGGCCUCGGAGGAGCCGGUCUUGUUGGUGCUGGCCUUGGCGGAGCCAGUCUUGGAGGCGCUGGGCUGGGCGGCGCAAGCCUUGGAGGUGCUGAGCUUGCUGGCCCGGCUCUCGUUGGACCUUCAGUCUCUGGAGUAGGAGCCGUGGCAACCGGAGGCGUGGGCAACGCAGGUCUCGUAGGAACUGGUCGGGGACGCGGUAUCGGGGGUGGUUUCCAGUCAGUCUAUGGUUCGUCAGCCAGAGGGCAUCAGGCUGGAUUCCAGAAGGGUGCCUCCAGCCACAGCCAGGGAUCCGGAAGUUUCGCUAGCGGGGCUUCUCAAAGCAAGGUGAGCGCCUUCAACAACAAGCAGGGCUACAGCCACAGCUCUGGGUUCUCGGCCAGUGACAGUAAGACGUUUGGAUCGGGACACAAGCAGGGCUCAUCCGGCUUCAAGAAUGGGGAAGCUGCACACCAGUCCUGCUUUGGACCAUCCUCUUACGGCAAGACUGCCGGAGUCGGCGUUGGUGGUGUUGGCCUGCACGGCUGA